GUGCUGAAUCGUUUCCUAAGCAGGCGUUGACGAGCGACAGCGACAACGGCAGCAGAGACGUGUGUGCGGUGGUGUUUAUUGCGGUGUGGGUGCGACGGGUCCUUAUCGUGGAUUUUGUCUUCCCCUGUCCUGCACGGCAGUGAACCGCAUCGCGCUUUCUUCUUCUCUACCCCGUUCGCACACUGUUGAAGCUGUUCGGCUCCGCUAUCUUUACUUUUGCUUUUGUUUUUUAACGAUCGAUGUUAACACGUUUCUGGUGUUCUUUUCUGCUGAUUGCCAACUCGUUUUCGUUUUCCCUAAAUCAUUUGUUGUUGCUGAAAACACGCAGCUGCAACGGAUCAUUCUUUCUUGUUUUUCUUUGGUAUUACUAUUUCCCUCCAUUCACUUGCGGCCAUCAUCGCGGAUGCGUGCAAAGCACCGGAACCCCAUCGUGGCGUGCUGCUUGGUGGUCUUCUUCCUCGCGUUCUUCAUCGGCAUUUUGCUGGCCUGCGCGCGUCGCUUUAACAACGCCGCCAUCGCACGCCGCGCACGAGAGGCGGAGCAGAGCGCAGCGCAAGCCGUUGCCCGCGCCGAGCGCCGCCGUCGACACGGACCUGCUCUCCCGGAAGCGGAGGCGGCGCCGGCUACGCUGAAGUACCAAUGCCCCGCCCUCGGCAACGUCAUCAUCAACGACGCGGAUGACUUCAAGAAGCUGCGCGGGGAGUUGGUGGAGGUGGAGGCGUCGAGUCUGGGCGACGCGGUGGCCAACAAGGAGGCGAACUCGCUGCAGCAGGGCAGUGCGCCCGCUGCUGCUGCUUCAGCCUCUGCGGCGCCGGUCGGACUCGCGGAGACGUUUGUCGAAGACAGCAAUGAACCGUUAUCUACCACCCGACGUGCAAUCCUUCGUUCGACCGUCAUGGCGAACGUCAGCCGUAAUAGGGCUAACAAAGGCCUGGAAAUCGAAGACGGUGCGACGCCGUACGGCCAUUCUCUUGAGGAGGGAGGCUUCGUGAUUGUGGUGUGCGGCAACCGUGUGGGCGACGCUCCCAGUGGCUCACAUGGGAAUGAAGAUUCGGCCGCUUUUGAAGCAUCCACUGGCGAUGCGGCGGUGGCGCCGAGCGCAAGUUCGGAGGCCUUGCCGGCUGCUCGCCCCACAAUGCACCUCUACCGAUGUCUGCCCUCGAACUGCGUCUACGGCGAGUCGAAGUACACCACCACGAAUGAGGAAGAAGCUCCUCGGGGUGGCGCAGCAUGGAAUCAACACGGGGACGAAAAGUGGGUGUAG